AUGAUUAGAGGAGACUCCAUUGAGUUCAAGCAUCUUGCAAAUAGCUAGGUAGUAAUUUGCAAAUCUAGCAAAGAAAUUUAAGAUGGAUAAGCCUCAAGAAGAGAUCAUUUAUUCUAAAAAUUACCCUCCUUAGAUUGCACUUAACCUAAUAAAAUUUGGUAAGUAAAAAAAGGAGGAUCUACAAAAUGUAUUCUCGACUCUGAAAGAUUGUCAACUGCACAAAAACCACUUACUCCCUAAUAAUUAUAGAAACAAAAAAGUUAAGUAAUCCAAAUUGAAGAGAACAACCAAUUUGAUCUUGGUUCAAGUCUUCAUUUCUAAAGAUUAUUUACUGUAAAGAAUAAAGUUAAAUCGUCUAAUGGAUGUGUUAAGACAUCAAGAGAUGAAAACACAAGCAUUGUCAACAGUAAUAUGGUUCUCAAAAAAUCUUACUAUCAUCAUACUUAAUUAUCAUAAACACAAUCUUCCAUCCAAUUUUAGUAGUGUCCAUUUUAAUCAGGAAAAUCAUUUAAAGAUAUUCUAUCUUAAUUUAAAGAUAAAAAACCUAAAAUUGGAACUACAAGACAUAGUGAAUUCGAGAAAAUGGAAGGACUGGAUGACUAUGCAAAGGAAUUUGGAUAAAUCUUGGCUUAGGAUUAAUUAGUUGGACAGGUGAUUGGAGAUGCUCAUGUGAUGAAAGGAGUUGUUAAAGCAUUAAUAGAUUUAAGCAAUGGAAACAAAUUGCCAUAUCAUUUUGAAAGUCUUAAACAAUUGCAUUUGAAUCUCAACAUAACUGAUGAGAUGUUCAAUCGAUUUAAAUAUCUCUAUAUAAAAAAACUAAUAGAUAUGAAAAUAGGGAUGGAAGUCAUAUUUAAAUGUGCAUAAACAGUUGAGUAUUACAGAGGAGCUAUUAUAUGCAAUUCUCGCUCAGUUCAAAAUGUGAAAGAUAGUAUAAGAACAAUAGCCAAAAAUAUGUAUGCUUAAAUUUUUGAAGAUUUCUCAUUGACUCCAUUGUUCAAAGGAACUAAACAAGAGGAACAAGCGAUCAAAUUUAGUAGAAUCUUUGGGUUCAUCUUAGGAUCUUCAGAAUCUACUAACUAUGUGAUGGACUCAAUGAGAGACUUUCACAAAGCUUUUCGGAUUAACUCUGUUUAAUACUCUGUUUUCAAAUACUACUUAUCAGGUGCUUUAUCUAAACACGCCGAAAAAGAUGUAGUCUGGUAUAUACUUGAAUAAACAGAUGCCUACAAAGCUGCUGUGAUUGAUUAGGAUAGCAUCAAAGAUUUAGUUUAUAAAUAAUUUGGCAUAGAUAACUUUUGUAGUGAAUUCAUUAAGCUAUGUUAAACCGAUCCCUAUAUCAAUAAGAAUUUCAUACAUAAGAUCGGAUAUGAUCAAUUUGUUUAACAUACUAAAUAUUUCCUUACAUUACGCAUCUUAGUUAAUUGCAUUAGUAUAAAAGAGAAGUUGAUAAAUUUGUUGGCAAGACUCAAUCCUUAAAGAGUCAUCUUUUAGGAUUUUGAAGAAGAGUUUGAUCUCAUAUUGCCUUACAUUAUCAAUAAAAAAUUACCUUGUGAUAUUGUGGGAUAAAAGAGACUGUGUGAGUUUGUUCCUUUGAUUUCUGAUGAAUUGCAAUCUAAUGUCGAGAUCAAGAACAUUUUUGAUAGCAAUGAUGCAAAUGUCACAAAAACUCUGCUCAAAAAAUUUGAAUAUUUGCUGUCUGGUAGGAAAUAUUUUAAAAGAUCAGAUAUCUAAGCUAUACAUUCUAGACUUAUGAUUAGUGAGGAGGUAUUUGAAGAAUUUAUUUAUAUUAUCGAAAAAGUUAUCUAAUAAUAUGAUACUUCACUUUUAUGGAUGAUUGAAGCCAUAAAAGAAUGGAAAUAUAUUAUAAUAACUGUCUGA